AAGUGUCCUGGAUACCCAACAAACACUAUUCUGGCAUCUAUGGACUGAUGAAGCUGGUUCUCACAAAGACACUUCCCGCCAAUCUUGAACGAGUCAUUGUCCUUGAUACUGACAUUACCUUUGCUACAGACAUUGCUGAGCUUUGGGCUGUCUUUCACAAGUUCAGAGGCCAGCAGGUUCUUGGUUUGGUAGAGAAUCAGAGUGACUGGUACCUAGGAAACCUCUGGAAAAACCAUCGUCCCUGGCCAGCUCUUGGAAGAGGUUAUAAUACAGGGGUUAUUCUGUUACUUCUGGAUAAAUUGCGCAAGAUGAAAUGGGAGCAGAUGUGGAGACUCACAGCUGAAAGAGAGCUAAUGAGCAUGCUCUCCACCUCUUUGGCUGACCAGGAUAUCUUCAAUGCAGUCAUCAAACAGAAUCCCUUUCUUGUCUAUCAGCUUCCCUGUUUCUGGAAUGUCCAAUUGUCAGACCACACCCGCUCUGAACAAUGCUACCGGGAUGUUUCUGACCUUAAGGUCAUACAUUGGAACUCGCCCAAAAAGUUGAGAGUAAAGAACAAGCAUGUGGAGUUUUUCCGCAACCUCUAUCUGACAUUCCUGGAAUAUGAUGGGAACUUGCUGAGGCGGGAGCUUUUUGGAUGUCCCAGUGAAGCUGAUGUCAACAGUGAAAAUCUACAGAAACAACUAUCCGAGCUGGAUGAAGAUGACUUAUGUUAUGAGUUUCGGCGAGAGCGUUUCACUGUCCAUCGGACUCACCUAUACUUUCUACACUACGAGUAUGAGUUUGCUACCGAUAACACUGAUGUUACACUGGUGGCACAGCUCUCCAUGGACAGACUGCAGAUGCUUGAAGCCAUUUGUAAGCACUGGGAAGGGCCGAUCAGUCUGGCACUCUAUCUUUCCGAUGCAGAGGCCCAACAAUUUCUGCGCUAUGCUCAAGGUUCUGAGGUCCUCAUGAGCCGUCAUAAUGUUGGAUAUCACAUUGUGUAUAAAGAGGGACAAUUCUACCCCGUGAAUCUCCUGCGAAAUGUGGCUAUGAAACAUAUCAGCACUCCAUACAUGUUUCUGUCGGAUAUUGACUUCUUGCCUAUGUAUGGACUCUACGAGUACCUCAGGAAAUCUGUUGGCCAACUUGACUUAGCCAAUACAAGAAAAGCUCUAAUUGUACCUGCUUUUGAAACUCUCCGCUACCGCCUCUCUUUUCCAAAGUCAAAGGCAGAGCUGUUAUCUAUGUUGGACAUGGGGACACUCUUCACAUUCAGGUAUCACGUAUGGACAAAAGGGCAUGCACCAACCAAUUUUGCCAAGUGGCGAACAGCCACCACACCAUAUCGAGUUGAAUGGGAAGCAGAUUUUGAGCCAUAUGUUGUGGUAAGGCAGGAUUGUCCAGAAUAUGACCGAAGGUUUGUUGGAUUUGGUUGGAAUAAAGUUGCACACAUAAUGGAAUUGGAUGCACAGGAAUAUGAAUUCACAGUGCUUCCCAAUGCCUACAUGAUCCACAUGCCACAUGCGCCCAGCUUCGACAUCACCAAAUUCCGUUCCAACAAGCAGUACCGUAUUUGUCUCAAGACCCUCAAAGAAGAGUUCCAGCAGGAUAUGUCACGCCGCUACGGCUUUGCUGCAUUGAAAUAUCUCACGGCUGAGAACAACAGCUAGCACCACCAAACUCUUAAUGGAGAGCAAACUGAAAAGAGGAGCCGUUUCAUGUGUGUGGACCCCGUUCUUAAAUUGUGGGACCCCCGUUGGUUGUUUUUGGUUUUGCUUUGUUUUUAAACCACAUCAAACAGUUCCAGCGGUAGAGCUUUGGGACAAGAUGUCACUGGACGUUUCUCAAAAGCACCACUCAUCUACCACCUACAAGACUUUGGCUUGAUUGACCAAGAGGUGGACACAAAAUGUAUGGGGUUGGGGACAGCACUACCCAGAUCUGUUGGCAGCACCCAGGGUGGCAGUAACUGUGUAAAACAGAUCUUGAUUCUUAAAAUUGCACACAGAUCUUCUUUGGAAUAUAGGCUUUCAUGUUACUAUUUAAUAAUAUCACAGUUUUUUUAAAAAAAGAAAUGUAAAGGAAGAUCUUCAGAUUACUAUCCUGUGAAUUAAAUGAACAAAAACAGCCCCUACUUUUCCUUAUUAAAGGGAUUUGCCUAUGUCACACAACUUUUGUCUAACCACAGAGAACACUAUACAGUAAGCUGUACAUCAGACUUGCCCGUCAGAUGAAUGGGAAUCAUAUCCAACCAAUGGGACUUGUGAUAUAUUAUAUUCUGAAUAUUCACAGCAUUGUGUAUGCACUUCUGUGGUAUCACUCAGUCAUUGCUCUUAUGCUGCAAGAUGGACUCUUCUCCAAAUCCCCACUACCGUCACCUGCUCUGUUCAUAUCCUUUUUUUUUUCAAACCUAAAUUGCAUCCUUUCACACCUCAGCUGUAUCUCCAAAUCUAGCCACACACACACACACACACACACACAGAAGAUCUGUGCUUCUACUGGCCUGGAAAGAUAUCCAUCACGUUCAAUUUUUGCUUCCAUUUUAUAGAGGUGUUUUUUUUUAAGUAUUUCUUUGCAAAACAGAUCAAAUUGAAAUCUAAAGUAUUGGGAAAGAAGGAUUAAUAUUUAAUUAAUUAAUAAACUCAGGUGAUUGGGGAAAAUCAGUCCAAUAGCUCUUCCACUUCGCAUCCAUUUGGUGUGAGUGGACAUCAUGACUAAGCAGGAGGGUGGAACCACAGAAUUACAGACUUUGGGGAACUAAUUCAGUCAAGUGUUGUUAAACUAAAACAAAAUCAAAAUGGUGUAUUGGUGGGGGAGAAACGAACGGGAAAAACUUGAUGGUCUUUGCUUGGAAGUGAAUCCAUUCAGUUCACUCUGAUUAUUGUAUGUAGAACUAAGUAUGGGUGAGAAUCUUGAACAAGGAACAUUAACACAUAGACGUGCAACCCAACACUGGAUUUUUUUUUUAUUUCUUCAGUAUUAAUGUUGUGUUUACAUGGAUGGAGGAGAUGAGGUUUAAUGCACUACCCUUAUUUGGGGCUAUUUGUAUUUGGUUGCAAUGUUAUUCAGAGAGCAGAAUUUGAAUAAAUCAGAAUUAUGUCUCUC